AUGGCCACGGACGCAGCAGUCCGAAGCAUGGGUUUUGCGAUGGUGCUGUCCGAGCCCGUCAGGGUUUACGGCGUGCCUAGAUGCAUCACCUUCUUCCUCUUAUGCAACAUCUGCCUGUGCAAAGCUAGGGACAGAGGGGUGCGGAAAUGCAGCUUGAUGAUGGUUCCCUAUAUCGUUCCAGCCGUGGUACUACUGCAGGACAAGGAGGAUUACCGGAAAAGUAACAUGGAAAUUGUGUUGGCACUUCGGUACAUUGAGACCAUCCUAUUCGGCAUUCUUGCAGGUACCUUUGGCCAAACGGCUAGUGGAAACACUCUCACCCUUGAGCUGGGAAUCUACUUCGGCAUGCUGGUGGCACAUGCCCUGUCACUAAUCUUGUUCCAGUGCUUCGUAGAUGAUGAUGGCGAAGUCAGCACGCCACGGCAAUCCAUACAGUCCCAAGCAAAUCCUGGGCCGUUCCAUGCAGAGAAUGCCGGACAGGGAGUGAAAGCAGAAUCCUUCGAGCCAUACGCCGGCAUUAAUUAG